AUGGCAGAGUUGAUCAAGGGUCUAGGAGGAGCCCGGCCGAUCGCGCUCAAGUCCCGAAAGCUGCGGAUCCAGUUCCGAGAGAAAUUGGCAGAUUUGAUCAAGGGUCUCCUGUCAGCUAAGAUGAUCAACCACUCAAGAUCCCCAUGGGCAUCGUCGAUCGUCGUGAUCAUCAAGAAGAAUAGUGUGGAUAUACGACUGUGUAUUGGUCAUCGGUUGGUUAGCAGUCUGACACAGCUGAUGGGUUACCCGAUGCCGCUGAUCAACGAUCUACUGGAGGAUCUCGAGUCUACACUGUGGUAUUGCUCGCUUGAUAUGGCGAGUGGGUUUUGGGUGAUGAAGAUGACUGAUCAGGCCCGCCUGAUCUCGGCCUUUAUCACCCCAUUUGGACUUUUCGAGUGGAAUCGGAUGCCUUUUGAGCUGAAGAAUGCGCCGCAAAUCUACCAGCGGAUGAUUGUCGUGUAG